AAUUUUUUACAAAACGGGAAAAUCUAAAGCGCGCUCCGCCAAGCAAGGGAAAAGUGAAAAAGUGUGUGACAAAGUGCAAAAUAAGCCACAAAACGCGCAUGUGAGAAAUCAAAAUUAAUUGAGAAGCAUUAAAUUGUAUACAUAUCAGAGCACCCACAUACGCGUGUGUGUGUGCGAGUGCCAGUGCUUCAGUGCUUGUGAGAUUUUCACCGUGGAAAAUGCAAAGUGAAUGAAAAACCCAGCCUAGGACAGACAGCGAAUUGGAAAAGAGUAACUCGCAUUGGGGACACGCAGAGGUGUCUCGAAAAAGACAGAACAAAGGAGCAAGGCACCGAGCGCAAAAAGCGGCCAGCAAUCGUUACACUGUUUAGCGCGGCAGGGAAUGGUAUAUUUCUUGGGGGAUUGGGGCAUGGGAGAUUCUGACUUGUCGUCAUAUCAGCAACAUGUUCCAAAUAUACAGCAGCAGCAGCAACGCAUCCAUGGACGUGACUUACUCCUUCAUCAACAGCAACAGCAGCAGCAGCAGCAGCAGCAGCAACAACAACAACAGCAGCAGCAGCAGCAACCUCUGCAACAGCAGCAGCAACAGUCCACACAGCAGCAGCAACAGCAACAAUUUGUGGCACAAAUCUCCAGUGGCCUAAGCCAGUUGCAGUCGCAGUUGCAGUUUGCCACUAGCUCCAACUUCCUACAACAAGGCUUGCCAUCGCCAACCUCGGUCUCUCCCACAUCCCCCAACCAGCAGCCACUCCCACUUCCACUCCCAUCCCAGCAGCAACAGCAGCAACAGCAACAUGUUGGUUCUGUCAGCAGCAGCAGCCAGGUUACCGCCAAUCUCCAGCAGCUGUCGGUGAGCAGCAGCAGCAGCAGCAGCAGCAACAGCAAUAGUAACAGCAGCAGCAACACCCACUGCACCCCCACCAAACCACAGCAGCACCAUUUACAACCAGAUGCAGCUGCUGCACCCACUGUUCCAGCUGGCGCCAAGUCGUUGUCCAAGACCCCGCAGCUGAGCAAGGAUCUCCUGGACAAUGAGGAUGAGGUGGCCCUGCACCCGCUCUCCAACCAGGUCGGAGGGCACACACGUCUAUUGCUGCUCAACCAGUCGACGGUGAUAAAGCCGCUGAACCUGCGUGAAUUGGACUUCUACCAGAACAUUCCGCAGGACAUACUGAAGUUUGUGCCCAAGUACAAAGGCGUCAUGCAAGCCACCACCAUGGGCGGAGCCAAGCUGGACAAGCGCUACUCGCCCAGUUUUCGUGACGAGGCUGCCGCCGUGCCAGUGCGAAAGAUGAGCGCCUCCAAAAGGAAGAGGGAUGAGGUACUCAGAAUGAAGGUGCACAAGAACGGACAGGCAGCUGAGGUAAUCAAAAGCAUCUCCCAGCUGGACAACACAAAUAAGCAAUACUUCCUUAUGCUGGAGAACAUCACCUCGCAGUUCCGCAAUCCCUGCAUCCUCGACCUGAAGAUGGGCACCCGCCAGCACGGUGACGAUGCUUCGGCGGAGAAGCGCUCCAAGCAAAUGGCCAAGUGUGCGGCCAGCACCUCGGGCUCGCUGGGCGUGCGCCUGUGCGGCAUGCAGACCUACCAGGCGGAUCUGGAGCAGUAUGCCAAGCGGGACAAGUAUUGGGGCCGCGAGCUCAACGAGGGUGGCUUCAAGACGGCUCUGCAUGACUUUUUCUACAACGGUUACCGUCUGCGCAUUCGCGUCAUCCGCAAGAUCCUGCAACGCCUGCUGCAGUUGCGGCGGGUCAUUGAGAAGCAGUCCAGCUACCGGUUUUACUCCUGCUCCCUGCUCAUCGUCUACGAGGGCUUCGAGGAGAACCCGAUGGCCCAUCCGCCUUCAAUGGGUGUGGAUGAGUGGCCCCAGGAGGCGCCUAGGUCGGCCACCGUGCCUGGUACCGUGUUUGACUAUCAUCCAGAGAACAGCAUAGACGAGGACGAGGAUCUGGAGGAUGAGGAGGAUGAGGCGGGCCACGAGGCUGGAGAUGAACUAGAGCCGCACGACACCGACGAGGAUCUGCAUUUGGUGGCGGCCGCCGACAGUGGCAAUGCCUCGGCCACCAACAGCAGCACAGGCGGCGAUGCCUGCAACUACGAUGCGGAUGCCUCUAACGACUCCAGUUCCAUGCUCAAUCUGGCCACACGUCGACACCUGCACAAGCGCGGUUUUGCAGAGGCAGCGGCUCGUGGCGUGAAGCAAACGGCCGCCAGUACCACCACCGAUGAGGAGGAGGACGAGGAACAACAUCCGGCUGCCAUGCCGCCGCCACGUAGUUGCGGUGUUACGGCCGCCAAGGCGGCAGCAGCCGCUGCCGCGGCAGCUGGACUGGCCGGAAAGGGCCAGGGCCAGGGCGCAUUCAUUCCAAUCUCCGAAGAGACAGUAUUCCUGGAUCCAGAGCCGGCGCUGCCCAGCGUGACGACCACCUCAUCGCCACAUUCCGGUGACUCGUGGAUGAACUACAGCAGCAACAGCAGCGACGACUUCUCCGGCCUGUCGGAGCAGAUUAAGGCAGUGGCCAGCGGACGGCAGACAGGAAACAAUAGCAGCGAUGACGCCAGCUCCGACUACGAGAGCAGCAUCAUUGGGCCAACGGAAGCCAUGUUCAAGCGCUACAAAUCGCAGCAAUCCGAAACCGCCUCCCCGCCCCUCACUGCCGGCAAUUCGAGCGUCUCCAACGGCACCACCACCGUCCGGUCACUGGUCUCGCCCGCCUCCUCCAGCGCCUCGUCCCUCAAGUCGGUUAAAUCGGGCGCCGUGAAGCGUCUGCGCUGCAAGGACGAUGACGAGCAUACCGCAUCGCUCGGCGAGUGCGAGUCGCGCGAGGCGAAGAAGUCUACGAUCACCUCGACUCCGGUCUCGGCAGUAUCCUCACCGGCCAAGACCGCUGCCAGCGAGAGCAUUGCUAGCCAGCAAUCCCGGCUGUCCGGACUGCUGCUGGACAACAACGAGCAGCAGCUCCGCCACUCAGCCCUCCUGCUGCAGCACAGCUCGAAGUCUCUGGACAUGUCGGCGCCACCCACUGAUGACAGCCAGUGCUUCGUGGACGUGCGCCUCAUCGACUUUGCCCACACGGCCUUUGUGCCACGCAACGGCAGCAUGCUGCCCACGCCCCCAGCUGCCCCAGUGCACCAUGGACCCGACGGCGGCUUCCUCACCGGCCUGGACAGCCUAAAUCGUCUGCUCAACGAGAUUCUAGCCGAGGAGAGGAUCUAAGAACGAUGGGAAAGAGUACAAUUUAAUUUCAGAAAUACCUAAAAGUGCGUUGAAAAUUAUGAAAAAACAAAAACUAAUUUUUAGAAAUUCGAAAUGUGAUUCAAAAGCAAACAAAACCUAUUUAACAAGCCGGAUAUAAUAGACCUUAAAUGUUGUAACUUUUUAACUUUUAAACCAAACAACUCGUAACUUAAGUACAGUAAAGCAGCAUUUGUGAAGGAAGGUAGGAGUACGAAUGAAGGAGGUAUCAAAGAAGGAGAAUGUAACAGUCGCUUCCAACAAAAAGUAGAUGAAAAGUUUAUAAUAGUUUGAUAGAUCCGCUUCACAGCGAAUCUAACCUAUGUAUGGUGAGACCUAUUAAUAUUGUAUUGAAGGCGGAUCUGAUGUUUUUAUACAAUUUAGCCAUUACAAUACAUUAAAAACACAAACAAAAAAAUAUAUAUACAUGUAUAACAACAAAUGAUAGAUGAUGCAAAAUGACAAAGAAAAGCGACAGCAAGAACGCAAGGAUCAGUAUUUCGUUGAAUGUAAACUAUGCUUAAAGUCUCUUAGCUCGUUUCCUUUUCCAAUUUGUAGCGACGUUUCGGAGUUUACUAUAUAAAUUUAACUGAAAAUAAACACAAACAUUUUUAAGUUAAAAGUUUAAAGAGAGAAGAAGAACGCUAUUAAUACAUACAUAUAUAUUA